AUGGCCAUGCAAGCGACAGACCAUCUCGACCUCGGCGCAAUGACGGACCAGCCGCAGGCGGCCCAGGCCGCGACGGCCGACCGUGGUUUCGACGGCGGCAACAAGUUUCAGCACGCCAUCUCGGCGUGGAGGAAUCUUGACCUGACGACUCUGACGGCCAACCUCGACAACACGGCGUCGGAGAUUGUCGCAUACCAGCGAGACUCGACCGUACAGAGGAAGGAAUUGGCGCAGAAGACCAAGGACUUCAAGAAGCUCGACGACUCGACGAAGCUCGUGGAGAUCAAGGGCCUUCUUAAAGCUUACCAGACAUUCAUCGAUCAUCUGACAAACCAUUCGAAGUCUGUCAAUUCGGCAUUUUCCCAGGCGUACACAUCCUUGUCCGACGUGCCUGAUCCUUACCCACUCCUCGAAGCCUCGGUCGACUCCAUGCUCGUGUCGGAGGAAACGCUUCCGAAGCUCACCGAGGAAAACCAACACCUGCAGAGCAACGUCUCGAAGCUCACGACGCAACUAGAAGAGACUGAGUCGAAGCUUCAGUCAGAGCGGACUGCGCGAAAAGAGCUGGAGGAUACCUUGGAGUCUCGUGUGAAGGAAGUCGAGUCUUCCUGGACAGCUGUACUGGAAGAGAGGAAGGACAACUGGGAGGCCAAAGAGAAGAGCUUGGAAGACAAGUUGGAGAACCAAGACCGCCUCCUGAACGAGAUGCGUGCCAGCUACGAAGUCACUCAGCGGCUCGGCAAGAAUGGAGAGGAUCAAGACGCCCAGCGUGGCCGGGUCUCCAGUGCAGAGCUGGAAAUGCUUCAUUCGGACCUCGAGCGUACCUCGUCUAGGCUGGCUGAGGUAGAGGCACGCAACGAGCAAAUGAGGCUGGAGCUGGCACAGGCCAAGUCCUCUGCGUCGGCCCAGCCAGAGAAGUCCCUCGAAGAUGACCCUGGCUAUAUGCGAAUGCGGUCGGAAAACUCCUCGUUGAUCCGCAAGCUGGACACUGCAAGGCUGGAGCGAGAGGGCCUCAAGCGCGACCUGGAUUCUCGUGUCCGGACGAUGGAACGGGAGGUGACGCUGCUCAAAGAAGAGCGGGAGUCGCUCAAGACAAAGGUGCAGAAGUGGAGCGACUACGACGACAUGAAGCAAGAACUCGAGGUGCUCAAGAGCAUCGAGUUCUCAACCGGAGACGAUGAUGACGUCCGCGACAAGGUGGAGUCGGAAGCCGGGGCCGCCAAGGGUGACAGCCUGGAAAGGCUGCUACUGUCACGAAACAAGAAGCUCGGUGACGAGCUCACGAUACUCCGUGUAUCGCAUCAGGACCUGCAGUCCCGGUUGGAGGACCUCCAGGAAGAGCUUUCCCGGACGAACGCGGAGCUGGAAAAGUCGCAGAACCUCAACGAGAAGCUGGAGAGCGACCUCGAGAGCAUGCAGGCUGAGGGCGCCAACGCGUUCCCAUCUGGCGCCUCGGUCGCAGGGACGUACGUGACUCGAGCGCAGACUCGCAGGGGAAGGAUCUCGCCGACAUCGUCCAUCAUCAGUGGUAUCGAUCCUCGGGCGGGGCCAGGCGAACGAGAACCCAUGGGCGGCGGCUCUGGCAUCUUACCCAUGGUCACGGCUCAGCGCGACCGGUUCAAGAAGAAGAACGCACAGCUGGAACAGGAGCUGUCAGAUACGCACCGGACGGUACAGCAGCUGCGUCAGGAAGUAGCGGCGCUUCAAAAGGACAACCUGAACCUCUACGAGAAGACGCGGUACGUCUCGACGUACAGCCGAGGGGGGGCGACGACGUCGUCUUCAUCAGCAUACGCGUCGAAUCCGAACCCCUCGACGGUGUCAAUUGGCGGGACCGGGAACCCGGGGAUCUCGCUCGAUCGGUACCAAAAGGCUUACGAGUCCAACAUAUCGCCGUUCGCAGCAUUCAGAGGCCGGGAGUCGGCAAGGGCCUAUCGGCGAAUGAGCUUCCCGGAGAGGGUUGUAUACUCGAUCACGCGGAUGGUCCUGGCGUCUCGCACGAGCAGAAACCUGUUUGCGGCGUAUUGUGUGGCACUCCAUCUCAUAGUCUUCUUCUCUCUGUAUUGGCUUGGCAGCGCAGACUUUGAAAAGCACGGCAGCAACUUUGGGUCUGCCGCUGCUGCUGCGGCGGCGGCAGCAGGUGGCGGAGGAGGUGGAGGUGGCGCCGGCGGCUCGCUGAAGGACGGCGCCGCACAUGGCAAGUGGAAAGAGGACGGGUUCAGCGGGCAGUGA